AUGUUCAACAAGCGAUUAACAUUAACAACAUUACAAGUUUUAAAUACAAAUAAACCUUGUCAUCAUUAUCGUAGUUUUAAUAAUCUUUGCACAAUAUCAUAUAAUAAUCAACGAUUCAGUAGUAGUAGCAAUAACAACAACAAAUAUUCAUUCAUGACAAAUACAACAGAAUCAUCAACUGCCACGAUGCAAGAUGAAAUAUCUACCAAUCAAGCAGCUGCAGUAGAAAACAACAACAACAAGAAAUCAUCAUGGUUUACAGAAUUGGGAGAAAGAAUGAAAGUAUAUGAAAAGGAGAUGACACUUUCAAAUCUAACACCUAAUACUGCAUUCAUGAUAAGAUUAGAUGGUCAUGGAUUUUCAAAGUUUACUAAAAAGUUUACUAAACCAUGGGAUAUAAGAGUACAUAAUGCAAUGUAUCAAGUUGCAUGUGGAUUAAUGAAAGAAUAUCAUCCAACUAUGGUCUAUACAUUUAGUGAUGAGAUAACAUUAUGUUUCCCAUCACUGCCAGAUGAAGAGUUUAAUGAAAAGGUGGCGUCUUUCCAAGACCCCAAAAGCACACUUCCAUACACUGGCAAAAUACAAAAACUUGUAUCUCUGUCAUCUGGUUUGGCAUCUACACUCUUUUACAAGGCAAUGUUGGAAGAAACUCAAGGUUCUCCACAACACCAAUUUGUAGUUGAUUCAACUCCACAUUUUGAUGCUAGAAUAUUUACUGUACCUUCAAAUGAUGAAAUAAUAGCAAAUUUAACAUGGAGAUCAGCAGUUGAUUGUGGUAGAAACAGUAUAUCUGGUAUGGCACAAGCACACUUUCCACACAAAUUACUUUCUGGUAAAGGUGGAGGUGAACUUAAAAAGAUGUUGUUGGAAUCCAAAGGUAUAAAUUAUGACGACGAACCUGCUUGGUAUAGAUAUGGUGUCUAUUUAAAGAAACAAUACUAUUUAUUGGAUGCAACCACUCCAAAAGGUGACAAGGUCACUGCUACACGUACCAAAAUAGUUCGUGAAAGUUUUGAUAUACGUAGAUGUCCAGAUUCCCUUGGCUUUUUAACGACCAAAGUACUUCCAAUAGAUUUUAAACUAGAGGUACCUGAUAAACCUAAAUCUAAAUCUAAAUCUACAACCACCACCACCGUUGUCGAUGAUCAAUAA